AUGGUACACUAUAACCCGCUCACCAAAGAGCCCUAUCUCCAACUCCCAGCACCAUGUGCAAACAUCAUCAUCACCCCACACCGUGAACACCAGAUCGAGGAGACAUCUGCUGUGAUGACCGAAAUUCUGAAUGAUUCACGCGUGUACCAUUGGCUACAAGGACCGCCUUACCCGUUCCUGCCUGAGCACGGCGUAGACUGGGUCAAAAUGAAAAUAGCAGAAUACAAAGAUAUCCUGUCUACUCUGCAGAAAGAACUCGAAACCCCAGAAAGCCAAUUGCAGGAGGAUAGUUCAAAUGGCCAAGAGCAACCAGUGUUCUUUGAUAAAUGCCCUUUCGUUUGCAUACGCGAAGUAACAGAAAGGGAUCCUACGACAGGCGCUCCGCUUCAAGAUGUCAUGAUCGGAGACUUUACACUGGCGCGGUAUGCUUUCUAUGAGUUGCGACCCGAUAGCUGGGAGCUUGCGCUGUUGCAGAAGUAUAAUAAUGAUUUGCCUGCGGGGCACAAGGAUAUCAUCUGGGGUAUAGGAUACUACCUUUCUCCAACUCAACACAGCCGAGGACUUAUGAGUGCUGCUGUUCGAACUGUCAUUCAAGACUGGGCUAUCCCUCGGAUGAACCUUCAUCGUCUUAAAGGUAGCUUUUAUGUUGGAAACAUAGGAAGUAUGAGAGUAUUUGAGAAGAACAACUUUGUGGAGGCUGGUAUCUUCAAGGAUUGGGCUCCGGCAACUCCACACAAGGGACGAGGAACGAUGUCGGUUGCUGUGGUGGAGUGGAAGGGGCCUUUAUAG